GAAUGACAAGUGAGAAGUGACAUUGCAAGGGUGAGAUACAAGUGAGUGAGUGAGAUACAAGUGAUACAACAAGUAAGUCGUGAUCCCGGAAUAUCUGAAGGGGUGGGCUGUAUCUUGAAGUGAGUGAUACUGCUAGUACAGUAGUCAGGAUGUGUACCAACAUGUUGUUCUCGUCGUCAAGCGUCCUGCUUCAACGCGCAGCACCAGCUUGCACUACUUCUCUCUCUGCUUUUGCUCCAUGGCGCCGCAUCAGAGUGGCUGCUAGCAGGGCUUCACCGACACAAGAGCGUUAUUGCAGGCAUUACGUCACAGCACUCGCCAAAGUGAGCUCAAGCGAAUGUUUUCAAUUUUUCGGCAGGGAAAGAUUUUUCACCAGUAUCGCAGCGAAGUCAUGCUGUCAACACUAAGGAAGAACACCUUCUCAUCUGGCCAAGAAGGGUCACAUCAGAGGUACAUAAGCAGAUAGAUAGCAUCAGCCGUUGUUGGCAAGUAGAUUAUACUUAUACAUAGGGUCUCAGCAUCCUGAUCAUCAUGUUCGCAGCAGUAGCAUCAUUCAAUGAGUGACGCUAGUGGCUACCAGCAUACCAAGUAGCUACCGGCAACUCUUCUGAUUUUAAGGACUUGCGUGCGAGUCCUUUAGAGCUAUCUCUAAAAAUAAAAGCGUAACUUUAGCAACACGACCGAAGAACCGCCAACAUCAUGGGUACCCGGCAAGAAAUACACUGGAACAUGUAGCAAGGUGCUCAGACGUCGCAGCAUAGGAUUCGUUAACCCCGAUGACAAUUGUGGCAGGAAAAUCCUAAUGACCAAGUGAUGAUAUUAUCGCAGAGUAUCCAUCAUAGGUUUUCAAAUUUUGACUACUUAAGUACUUAAGUUAGUAGUUUCGCAUCGAAGAAUAAGCAUUACCGAGCAGUAGCUAGUGCACGCUUUUUUUGCAAUAAUUAUAAUGUUAAUGAAUAUAAUCAUGAUUCAAGAAGCGAAGAAACCCUGUAGGAACAGCAUGACUACAAAGCGGACCUUCCGCUCCUGUGUUAGAAAGCGCCUCUUUCUCGUCGUGUAAACUGACGAAAUGAAAUAUCGUCCGAGCUGGUUCUAAAGUGCAAAUCUCCUUCAGGGUCAAGAAGGUGGCAAGGACGGUAUAGUGUUAUGGAAGUGCUGCAUCAGAGGCCCCCGCAUUUAAAUAAGGAUGUACUUUUUAACUUACUUCAUGACGGUGUAAAAUGAAUGUACUAACAGGAAUUUCCAGAUGGCACGUGCUAGUUUUUCCAAUUAUUUUUCUAUUUUUAUUCUAAGGAUUUGUUUUCUUUUCCAUGUCUGGUAACUCUAAAAAUGGCCAUCUCUUGUCAGUACUGGCAAUGCCAUGGCCAGCAUGUAAUGUUUUGUACCUAUUUGAAGCAGCGUAAUCAGCUCUCAGCAUGCUAUUUCAGCAUUCUUCUUUCGAAUCAGCUCUCGGCAUUCAACAUUCACUUCUAUGUCUACCAAUCUUUUUGUAUUCAACAUUCAGAUUCACUUCUAUGUCUUCCAAUCUAUUGCACCAAUUUAGUUUCUGUUCCUUUUUUCCGUGUGGUGGUCUUGUCUAAGAAUAUUUCCGCUUUGGAAGCUCGCUGAGGGCAGCAAGAUUCCGCGAACUGGUGAUCAUUUGGCCUUCCAAAUACGGCCAUCCCCGAAAUUUCCAGGACGUUUGGAGGCACAUUAAGGAAGUGUAGUACGAGGAUGAUUAAGUGAAGAUCGUACCUACGAGCUUACGCUUACCAAGUCAUUCAGGGAUGAGAAGGCAGUUUGGAUUUUGACCACAUUUUUCAAACUUGAAAGAACAGAUAUUGGGCAAAUCCACUAGACUUAGCAGGUAGUUAAGUAGAUGAAGCCAGAACUAUUGCUAUUAUGUUUGUUGUGAUGUCGCUUCUUAGGAGACUAGGCACUGUUACAGCAGGAGCAUUAGCGUGACAUGCUUGCCAAGAAGAGCUUGCAAAGGGUGCUUGAAACACGAUUUUAUCAGAGGGGCAGACUCUUUGAAUAAAAUGCGCAGGUGAAGCCGAAUUUGUCAGCCCUCCUAAGAUCAUCUGGGAAAUAUCUAUGUGAAAGUAGAAGUUCUUUGAUUAAUCUUACCCAAGCACGUGCAGCUACAUGCGACACGAAGAAGUUCUUUGAUUAAUCUUACCCAAGCACGAUGCUUCGUCCAAGCUCCAUCGUGCUAUCCUAGAAAAAAGAAGGUUGAUGACGAGCUCUAAGCGCAUGAAGUUGCCGGCGGCACAAGCGACAGAGAAUUUUUUUCCAGGGACUCUGCAGCAGCGCACAAUGCCGUUCAACAAGCUGUGGCUCAGAGUGCGUAUUCGUAAAGACUACGUAGUCUUCAACUUUCCUCUGUUUUCAAGAUAGGGCUGAAAGUGGUUAUGUUGAACCAAAAUAAAAGGACUGCGACAGGGACACAGACAUGACAUGGGCAAUUAUAAUAACGAGGGCGCUCCUGACAUCGAAAAUGGAUUGAAGUAUUCGUAGUCUCUCGAUACUUGAUGAAGCAAGUGUUCCUUUCUAGACUCAUGCAGCGCUUGCUUGCAUUCACGUUGAUUAAAGCUCCGAUGACUCUUACUGACAUACUCCACUACUUAUCGCAAUAAUAAUCCUUUCUGCUUCAUAUUAGAUCAAUCACUCUCUUUGCCGCCUUGCUUGUGUUCCAUCAUAGUACAACCAUAGUACAAGAACAGCAACUGUUCUGUGUCAACGCGCCUAAUUACAGGCUUGCCCCAAGCGGGUGGAUCUCAUGAUAAGACAUGAGAAAAAAUGCAAAGAAGGAGCAAAAGUGGACGAGGGGAAGAAAUUGAUAUCUUCCAACAAUAACCUCAUGCCAG